UCUAUCGUCCAUCCAUCCAUAGCUGCUGCAUACCACGAAUUCAGCUAAGUGACUAUCCCUCCGCUCGGCCGUCUGCGCCUCCAUUCCCCUCCACAGGUCCCUCCCCCUCUCCCUCGCUAUCGUCGUCGUCCACGUCGGUGUCGAGAUCGGCCAUCCCAUCGCUGUCGUCAUCCUCGCCCUGCUGGCCUUGCUGGCGGGCGGCCCGAGCGGCCUCGUAGCGAGCCGUGUCGACACGGCCGGGGAAGUAGUCCAAUAGUAUAUUCAUUGCCUGAUUUACGUCAAUCAACACAUAACAUAACAACAAGCAGGCACUUUGUUGUCGGUGUCUCUUCUUGCUUCUGCAUCUGCAUCCCUACCUCAAACGCGACGUCCUGGUCGUCGUGUGUCUGCAGCGCCACCAACAUGCUAACGUCAGCCUGCGUGUGCAAACAGACAUGACCACAGGGGGAGGGCCCACCAUCACACUGUGCGCCUGUCUGUCGCUAUGUCAGUCACCUCUCGAAUGAGCUGGCUGAAGGGGUUGUUGGGAAGGCUCUCGGCUACCUGCCUGUCCCUGCCAUGACUGAAGACACAUACACACACUCAUAUACACACACUCGUGGUGCUCCUGUGGAGUGGUCUGCUUACUCGAGUAUGUUGCUGAGCACCACGAGGACGUUGGGGUCAUCCGUGCUGUCCAGGAGGCCGCAGAGGCGCUGGACACACCCAUACCCGACCAAACCUUCGACCUGAACACAUGGACGGGUCAGGGCAGAAGAAGAAUUGCGAUCCGUUCUCCCAUUCCCCCGCUACCUACCUGUUGCUGCGAUGCGUUGUUUGCCAGGAGGGCCAUGGCCUCUGCUGCAGCCUGCUUGAGGUGCCGCAGCCCACCCGAGACGAUGAAGUUGAUGUCGAUGGUCAGGCCGCUGUCGGCGUACAUGUUGUCCGCCGUCAUGAUGUCGAGGAGGUGCGGCACUGCUCCACUAUUGACGACCGCCUCGACAUGGCCAGCCGUCCCUUCAUUCACAGACACACGGGUGACGUUUGCAAUCAGGGACGAUUGCUGGUAUGCAUUCGUUCGUACCCUCACUGAUCAUGAUCGUGAGAACACGACAGGCCUUGUCGUGCGCUCGCGCGAGACGAAUCGCUCGCUCGCAUCCGGCAUCCUCCUCAGACAUGUCAGACAUGGAUGCGGGCAUCUGCGGUUGCAUGAUCUCGUUGGUCGCCGGUGGCUGCAGCAGCUGGCUGAGCCGCGGGAUGACACCACACUCAGCCAGCACGUCACGAUGGGCAUCGGUACCUGCAUCAACACACAACCAAGAGUUGACUGACAAACAGCGCCACCUCUCCGCGUCAGGGCAACUGACCUUGUGCAAUGUUGUCUAGCACAGUUAAUGCGUUCUCUAGCAUUCCACACAUAACCCACUCCCCCGCCGCCAGCUCCACCAGCCGCUCACACACCCCGGUCGCCACCACGGCAUCGCGAUGCUCAUCAUCGUCCCUGCCGUCACUGAUGGCCGCCAGCGCCGACAUGGCUCCAUACAGGAGGCAGCCCUCUUGGUCGGGCGUGUGGGUGCAGAUGAUGUUGGCCAAGACGGGCACGAAGGGCCCGAUCUUGUCGAAUGCGGGUGGGUCGGGGUUCCAGAAGCACAGGUAAUACAGCAGGUCUGCACCGCCCUUGAGCACCUCGAAGGCCGUCCUCUCGCGCAUCGUCGUCUGCAGUCGUGCGAGGACGCCCAGCUGCAGCAUGUCGCCGCGCUCCUGGCCCAGGAGUGUUGGUCUGGCGAGAUUGACCAGUGUCUUCAUGGCCGCCACACACACGCCGUCAUCGAGUGACGACACCAGCUCCACGAGGGGCGGGACGGCACCGGCGUCGAUGACGGCCUGCAUCUCUGGCCCGACGCUAGGUGUAGGCGGGCCGUUUGUAUUGCCGGAUGCGAUGUUGUCCAGUGCGGAUGCCGCCUGUUGCUGAUGGUCGGGGAGGUGGUCGUCGCCCAGCCGCUCCACCAGCAUCGGCAGGAUGCCUGCAUCGAUGGCCUUCUGGGUGAUGCACGGCACAUGCCUGAGGGAAACCAGCUGGACGAGUGGCCGCAGCAGCUGCGAAGUGCUGUCGGGAGUUGUGGCGAUGCUGGUGGAGAUCUGGGUCAUGACGGCAGAGAUCUCGGCCUCCACGGCUUGAAGACCUCGUUCGGCCACCAUCUGGUUGUAGCCCUCCUCCGUGCCGAUGGAAUCCAGCAACGCCGACGCCGACGCGUUGACCAAUGCGCCCUGGGGCGACUCGGACAGAGGGCGCUGCUCAGCCGGGUGCUGCGUCGUGGUCUCCACCGACUCCAUUUCUACUCUUGCGAUGGUACGCGGAAGCCGCUCAAGGAAAAGAAAAAACGCAAAAUCGCUGGGAAAAUCGGCGCCGUUCUGCUGGCCAAGAUCGGAUUGGCUAGGAGUGUCCGGGUUGUUUGUAUGUCUGCUGUAGCCGACAUUCACACGUGCACACGUCGUAUCUGGAUAAACAGCUGACAUGUG